AGAGCUAGUUGCUUCCAGCCAGUGCUCCGAUGCAGACGUCUCGCUGAAACAACAACUACUCAUCGCUGGACUGGAAAGGAGCGCGCACAGCACAGCUACCAUGUCGGCGGUGAACCAGAAGGAGAGUCCCAGCCGGGACUCCACAGCCUCUACAUCCGGACACAUCUCGAUGCUGGCGGACAACACCUUGGAGUCGCUGUCGCGGGACUACAGCUUGGGCAGCUUGAACUCGGCUGGCAGCCAGGACGAGUUCUUCCGGUGCCGCGACCAUGCGGACAACAUCCUCAAGCGGAUGCAGCUCUAUGUGGACAGCCAGCAGCUCUGCGACGUGGUCCUCAUCGCUGGAAUCGAUGGCAAGCGGGUGCCCGCCCACCGCCUGGUGCUGUCGGCGUCGAGCGCCUACUUCUCGGCCAUGUUCACGGGAUCGCUGCGCGAGACCAAGGAGCAGGAGGUGACCCUCGGCGAGGUGCACGGCGACGCACUGCAUCUGCUGGUGCAGUACUGCUACACGGGCUUCAUCGAGAUGCGCGAGGACACCGUGGAGACGCUGCUGGCCACCGCCUGUCUGCUGCAGCUGAACGCCGUCGUCACGGCGUGCUGCAACUUCCUGGCCCGCCAACUGCAUCCCUCCAACUGCCUGGGCUUCGCCUUCUUUGCGGAGCAGCAGAGCUGCACCACGCUGCUGCGACUGGCGCAGGCCUACACCUGCCAGUACUUCAUGCAGGUGUGCCAGAACCAGGAGUUCUUCCAGCUGAACGCCGACCAGCUGGGCAAGCUGCUGAGCAGCGACGAUCUCAAUGUGCCCUCCGAGCAGGACGUCUUCCACAGCCUGAUGUCGUGGGUGCGCCACGAUGCCGCGGCCCGCGAGCCGCACAUCGCCGAGCUGCUGGCCCUCGUCCGGCUGCCCCUGCUGCAGCCCGCCUUCAUCAUGGACCACGUGGAGAACGUGUGCAACGCCAACGAGUGCCAGCAGCUGGUGAUGGAGGCCUUCAAGUGGCACCUCAUGCCCGAGCGGCGCUCCCGCAUCGCCACCGAGCGGACCACGCCGCGCAAAUCGACGGUGGGCCGUCUGCUCGCCGUCGGCGGCAUGGAUGCCCACAAGGGGGCCAUCAGCAUCGAGAGCUACUGCCCGCGCCUGGACAAGUGGACCUCGUGGAAGCACAUGACCGGUCGGCGACUGCAGUUCGGCGUCGCCGUCAUGGAGGACAAGCUGAUCCUGGUGGGCGGACGCGACGGCCUGAAGACUCUGAACACCGUCGAGAGUUUGGACCUGAACACGAUGGCCUGGACGCCGCUCAAUGCCAUGGCCACGCCGCGUCACGGACUGGGCGUGGCGGUGCUGGAGGGUCCGCUCUAUGCGGUGGGCGGUCACGACGGCUGGAGCUACCUGAACACCGUGGAGAGAUGGGAUCCCAUUGCGCGCACUUGGAGCUACGUGGCGCCCAUGUCCUCGAUGCGCUCCACCGCCGGCGUGGCUGUCCUGGGCGGUCGUCUGUACGCGGUGGGCGGACGCGAUGGUUCCGUCUGCCAUCGCUCCAUCGAGUGCUACGAUCCGCACACCAACAAAUGGAGUCUCCUGGCGCCGAUGAACAGAAGACGCGGCGGCGUGGGCGUGACGGUGGCCAAUGGUUUCCUGUACGCCUUGGGUGGCCACGACUGUCCGGCCAGCAAUCCGAUGGUCUGUCGCACGGAGACAGUGGAGCGUUACGACCCAGCCACUGAUACCUGGACACUGAUCUGCUCGCUGGCCCUGGGCCGGGAUGCGAUCGGCUGUGCCCUGCUGGGCGACCGCCUGAUCGUCGUCGGCGGCUACGAUGGCAACCAUGCGCUGAAGAGCGUCGAGGAGUACGACCCGGUGCGCAACGGAUGGAACGAGCUGGCGCCAAUGGCUUUUGCGAGGGCCGGCGCCUGUGUGGUGGCCAUACCCAAUGUCAUACCGCCGGCGGCCCAACAGCCGCCGCCCAGUGCUACAGUUUAGUCUAAACCCACUCCACAUUCGGUUGCAGUGUAGGCCCGUCGAAUGCAUCGCAGUGGGAAUCCAUAGCUAUAGGAGUAGCUUUUUAGGAACGAUUUGCAUUUAUAGCCCAGCCAAAUUUCAACCUAAGACUAGAGGAAACUAGACUUAUUUAUAAAGAAAACUAAUUAAUCGAAUUUUAUAGAAUUUAUAAUUUGACUGGAAGCAAAAUAACUUGUAAAUUUCAUUAUAAUCAAUUUAAAGACAUUUUUUAAGGUGAAAAUUAAUAAGUUUCAAUGGAAAUUUGAAUUCUAUAAUAAUCUUUCUUGAAGACACAUUCCACAUUAGCAAAAUUCAAAUACAUUUUACUUAAAUAGUUCUUUUUGGUUGGUUAUAUAUAUAUUUUUUUUUAUAAAUAUAAUCAUUUUCAUUUGCAUAUAUUAAAUUAAGAAAAGAAAUACCAAAAAACGCAAGGUUUUUUUUUAGACUUCAGAAGGAAAGUAGUUUGUCUUUAAGUAGUUGCAUUUUGAAGCCUGAAAGCGAUGCACUUGGCGAAAGUACACUGCACCCAAUUCUAUAGUAGUUGUUGUAACUGUUGCUGUGAGCUGCUCGUGGUUGUUGCUCGUGUUCCCUAACCCGGCCAGUUUGAAAUGCAGCUAUGCAGCUCACCCCUUCGCCUCGCUCUCGUCUGUGUUCUCUGACAUUAUUUCCCUUGGAAUGGCACAUGUGCACCCUGAAUUCACCCACUUCCUCCCAUGCACCAGUAUUUCCCUGUAAAUCACCCACAAUUCGGCUGCUACCUAAAGAAGUGUAAUUGAAAAAAAAAAAAACAAAAUCAAAAUCUCAUAGGUCUUAAGAAGUGCAUGCUGUGCGAGGCUUUCAAGCGAAAUUCGAUCCCUAGUUGUAAUUAACCAAACGUAUUUUAUACGAUCCCCGGAUCCAUAGAUUGUAACCAUUACUCUCCAUCCCACUCACUCACAUGGUGUCGUACGCUUCACACACUGCAUGCCAUCUCGCUCGCACCGGUGACGGGCCCACAUUCCAUCGAUAUCGUAUAUAUCCUAGAUAAGACUGCGUCAAGCCAAAAUUCCAAAAAAAUAAAAAUUUUGCUUAUUUUUGCAUGUGAAGUGUGCGAGACCAUAUAAACAAAAACAUAAACAAACAAAAAACGAAAACAAUCAAAAAAGACAACUGCAAAUGCUUAGUUUUAGUUAGUAAAUACAUACGUAUUCCAUGGAAUGAUUAAA